UAGGAGCUGACCGGAACAGAACCCACGACGCGCAUUCGCCCCGACUAACCAGGAUUUUGGUGGGGUCGGCGUACUUUUGAGGAUGCAGAGGAAAUGCGCACAGCGAGUUGUACUGCCAGAGGUGGUCCACACUCUAUGCGCGACUGCCACGAUCGGUUCAGAAUGGGGUUACAAGUUCCUACUACUACAGUUUCUCAAUCGAGACCUUCUCACCAUCGAAUACUGCUUGUUUCGAGAUGAAUUUUGAGUUUUCCUGACUGUUGUUGUUGUUGUUUUUUUUUUUUUUUUUUUUUUUUUUGACAGCGUUUUAAGUCUAAGCCUCACAAUCCAAUCUCAAGGGACAUGAUGUUUCAGGACUACGACGAGGGGAUGGUAAAUGACGUUGCACUGGACCGAGUGGUGCUGUCCAAAUCUCCGCGAUUUGAGUAUUUGAUUUCAGGGAUGCAGCAAGCGGGUGGAGCCACAAGGCCCCGUUCGUCUGUGUGAUGCGGUGGAUAAUCGGCGUCGUCACGUCGUCCUUGUUGCAUUAGCAGGUGUUUGAACGGACACUAUUUGAGUUCACGGCUCUCCAGAGUCAAGCGAUUCAGACGCAACUUGGGUGCUUGGCAUGCAGAUACAAUCCAAUAUGCAGUCGAUUUCGUGGAGUAGCUUCACAAUUUGGUGACCGCGACAUCGAGUAAAGAAGAGGAUGCUCGAUUGAUGCCCGCUGAUGGGGUGGAAGCCGCACGUUACCAUGACGUUCAGACCUUCACGUGACGAUUACUAGGAGCAAGUAUCAGUGUGCCCUUUCGGAUCACAGGAUGGCAGCCACGAUCAUUGCAUUUGCCAUGGCACUGCUGUGCUUUUUGAACUUGACGGCUGCACUUUCACCGAAGGCUUUGAGGAGCUUCGGCGCGGGUCAUCGGAUGACGUCCGUCUUCGAAUUUGACGAUGGGUCGGGCUUUGUGGCCAAUUUGGAACUCAUCACUGGAACAGAGAUUUAUGGCCCCGACAUUAGCCCACUUCGGAUGAUCGCCAGGUACGAUAGCGAUGACCGACUGCAUGUGCAUAUCACGGACUCCAUACAUGCGAGAUGGGAGGUCCCUCAGGAUAUCAUUCCGCGUCCUGACUCUUCCUCCCUCGUCACACAUGUGAAGGAAAGGGAUAUGGAACAUAGCGAAGGGCUCGACCCAGCUCGCAAUGACCGCCAAUUACAGCUUUCGUACACAGUUGAGCCAUUUGGUUUCGCAAUCACAAGAACCUCCACCGGGGAGUGUUUGUUCAAUUCGACUCCGCCUAUACGACAAGACAGCGGCGAGCCAGCCUUCAACUCCAUGGUUUUCAAGGACCAAUACUUGGAGAUUUCCACUCAGCUGCCGAGGAACAACUCCUUGUUUGGAAUUGGUGAGAGCACCCGCCCCGAUGGCCUUCGCCUUACUCGAGGCAGGCUCUACACUCUGUGGGCGACGGACAUAGCUGCAUAUAAAGUGGACGUCGACCUCUACGGCGCGUACCCUUUCUACAUGGACAUCAGAGAAGGAGGCGCAACGCAUGGAGUGUUGAUGCUAAACAGCAACGGCAUGGAUAUUUGGGUUGGGGAAGAUAUGUUGACUUACCACGUGAUCGGCGGCGUGCUGGAUUUCUACUUCUUCGCUGGCCCCGCGCCUCUCGCCGUGAUUGAUCAGUACACCAACCUCAUCGGCCGACCCACACCCAUGCCUUACUGGUCUUUCGGCUUUCAUCAGUGCAGGUGGGGUUACGAAACCAUUGACGAAAUCAAGGACGUGGUGGCGAACUACAAGAAGGCAAACAUCCCUCUCGACACCAUCUGGAAUGACAUCGACUACAUGGAUGCAUACAAGGACUUCACCUUCGACCCCGUCCGGUACGACGAGAACACAGUCCGGGAGUUUGUCAAGGAGCUUCACGCUAAUGGACAACAAUAUAUCGUAAUUCUUGAUCCUGGAAUUAGUGUUGGCUACAAGAAUUACAGCACGCUGGAGCGCGGCUUGAAGGACGACAUCUUCCUGAAGAACGAGUUUGGGAAUAACUAUCUGGCGCAGGUAUGGCCUGGUCCAGUCUACUUCCCGGACUUUCUUCAUCCGAAAGCAUCUUCGUGGUGGACUCAAGAGAUAGCUGAUUUCUUCGACAAGGUGCCGUUCGACGGGCUCUGGAUCGAUAUGAACGAAGCUUCGAAUUUCUGCACCGGAUCUGCUUGCUCGUUUGAUACAUUGACCCUUGGGAUGGGCAAAAACGACAGUGAUAACGAUCGAUGCCUAUUGCACUGUGUGAACGGCACAUCGCGCUUUGACGACCCUCCUUACAAAAUCAAUCACGUUGGGACGUACGACAACCUUGGCGUCAAAACUAUCGCCAUGACCGUCAAACAUUACAAUGGAGUAUUGGAGUACGACGCGCACAACCUGUACGGGUUGUGUGAAUCCAUUGCAACACAAAAAACGCUGAGGGAUGUUACAGGGAAGCGGCCAUUCAUCCUCUCCAGAUCGACGUUUGUGGGCUCGGGUGCGCACACCGCGCACUGGACGGGUGACAACAAAGCCACUUGGGAAGAUUUGAAAUACUCCAUCGUGAGCGUCAUCAACUCGGGCAUGUUCGGCGUCCCGAUGGUGGGCGCGGACAUCUGUGGCUUCGCAGGCAACACGACGGAAGAGCUAUGCAGAAGGUGGAUGCAACUGGGUGCAUUUUACCCUUUCUCUCGAAACCAUGCCGCCCUUGGGACGAAUUCUCACGAACCAUACAUCUGGGAGUCUGUCGCGGAAGCCUCGAGAAAAGCCCUUGGGCUUCGUUACCGCCUUCUACCGCAUCUCUACACCCUAAUGUUCGAGGCCACCAAGAGCGGCGCACCCAUUGCCCGCGCCCUUUUCUUUUCGUUCCCCAAAGAUCUCAACACAUUGGCAAUCAACGACCAGUUUCUGCUGGGGAGAAGCGUAUUGAUUUCCCCAAUUGUGGCUGAGGGGCUCACCUCCGUGAACGCGUACUUUCCCAAGGGCACUUGGUACAAUCUAUUCGAUUUCUCAAAAAUUGUCAGCACUGGCGAGAGACGCAUGUUACCCGCACCGGCAGAUUCGAUCAACGUUCACGUCAGCGAAGGCCAGAUUCUGCCGAUGCAAGAGGCUCGCUUAACAUCGGCCGAAGUGAAGAAGACCCCAUUCACUUUAGUUGUGGUUUUCAGCGCAGAUGCCUCCGCCUCGGCCUCAGGCAAGCUGUUUGUGGACAGUGGCGUCGAUAUUGAGAUGGGCAUCCAGGAUGGGUCUUCCACAUUCGUGCAGUUCUUCGCCGAGAGGUCCUUGCACUCAGGAAGCCUGGUGAGCCGUGUCAUCGCUGGCAACUACGCCCUUGAGCAGGGAUUGGUCCUGCAGAGCAUCAGAUUUUUGGGGGUUUCUGGCCCGGUGAGCGACGUGAUUGUGAAUGGCGAGCGGAUUGUGUCAGCGGAGCAGCUGAGUUACGACGCCAGAUUGGAGUCCCUGCAAGUCUCAGGGCUGAGCUUGCUCCUUGGCAGGGACUUCGAGCUGAGAUGGGCGAUGAAAGAGUUGAGGUGGGCAACACAGUGAAUUGUCAGUCUCCUCUUUGUCGGUACUUGAGUGGGUGUUCAUCCCCUUGUAAAUACUUCUUGUGCCAUUUUUUUAUGCUCCGGACGAAACUACAAGGUUUAAUGGGGGCAGACGAUGAUAUUACUAAAAGAAAAAUGAAAAGAAAAAAAUUUCGUGCAUUUUGUGACUCUUGCACAAAAUUUCAUGUGAUCGUGGAUUUCUUCAUGUUCAUUCUUUCGUUGUAUACCUGCGGAGCAUUAGAAUCUAAGGGAAAUGAUAUAGAAUUAUUACAAAACUGUCCAAAUUACAGGACGCGGAUGGUCUGUGUAGUGUGUUUUAAGUUUAGAAAGCAGCAUUAGCUUGUAAACGAGUACGUAUUGUACCCCCUCAUUCUAUCUGAGAGUAGCCUUAAUCUUCGCUUCUGUCCUUCCUUCUCCUCUCCUGCUACAUUUUCUCGUGUGCGGAAUUCGGGAAUCGGGAAUCAUGUUUCAACCAUGCUUUUUGUUUGUACUGUGAUGUGGUCUAGAAAGUUUCGGUUUCUGACGUCUCAGGGACUGAGCUGCUUGGCGCUGGCAGCGUCGCGGCAUAAGCAUGUUUGCUUGUAAUCCAUUGAAGAGUGAAUUAUAUACAAAGAGUGGUUUACACUAUGCACAGCA